ACUUCUACUUUCACUUUGGCCACCUCUGCCUUUGACACACUGACCAUGGGGCUUUCCCAGUGGGAUGUUCACUGCGACUGUUAUCUUAGCGGGCAGGGCUUGAACGCGGACGCAAUAUAAACUCUGAGGAGAAUAGAUAUCCCCAUAAGACACUACGCCUGUUAUAAAUGAGCUGUUACCACAAUGGCAAUUACCAAAUCGUAAUGGUUUACUAAAGGCUCUGUGCACUGUCUUAGUGUGGUGUAGUACUAUGGUAGUUAAGUGGUACUAUGGUAGUUACAACCUCCCAGUGGUGGGUAGGUGUCUGGAAGUCCACACCAUGAGGAGAUGAUCUUUGAUGGCUACUGCAGUCACGUGAUGAGUGGAGCAUCCUGGAUUAUAACUACAGCUCUUAUUGUCGUCAGCUUGUUGAGGCCCCUACAUUGUAAAUUCAUCCGUGAAGGUUGCAGCUACGUUCAAACCAUCAACUCUUGGAAAGAAGCUACCCCAGAGGAUUAUCGAUUGAAUAUUCCAUUCUCUGGGGACAAGCCCCGCUGUGUGGAUAUCAAGAGGGCACUCAUCAACACCUACUGUCUGAACGAAAACUGUAUUAAGGAGUCUGCAUCUUGUCAUACCAAAGAGUACGCUUUGGAUCUGAUACGCUGCUUUCCUUGUCAGAAACGCCCAAUUAUUUGUUUAGGACAUCAAGGCAUCACAACUCCAAGCAAAUAUAUCUCCCUAGAUGACUUGCACAAAAGUCUUGAAGAAAAAGUAUGUCCUACAGUGAUCAGCCCAAAGGAUGAGGAUUGUUCAGCUUCCACAACUCCUGCUGCAACAACAGCAAUCACCACAACCACAACACCACCAACAACAACAUCGACCACAACACCACCAACAACAUCGACAACAACAACAACAACAACAGCAUCCACCACAACGGCUAGUCCCACCACCACUUCUACCACGACUGCACAGGACACAGUCACGGCAGAUUCCCCGCCAUCGCACGCCCCUCAAUUGUCACCAUUUAGUGAAGCACUUGAAAAGAGUGUGCUGGUUUUCCUAAUAAUCUCCCUGUGCCUUAAUGUAUUUUUUGGACUAUUGUUACUGAAGCAGAGGCGACGCCAUACACAGGUUCCAAAUGGGUUCCCGCUGAAUUAGUUCACAGAAGUGAGUACACAGGAAUGAGAACACGAUGAAGGAGAAUACAGAAGGAUUUGUCAAGACAGUUUAUGAUGACAUGAAAUCUAUUGAGACUGCAGACUACCUAACCAGGGAAGCCCCACGCACUCCUAACACACCCCUCAUAUGUGACCAUAAUCAAGCCGUCAUCUACAACGGAGGCCGUAUUAUUCUUCACCAUCUGGGACAUAAAGGAAACUGGAAGCGAACAAGAAAUCAAGAAUGGCAGGAUAUGUACUGUAAUUACUGUACAUAUUAGAUUUUAGUGUUGUUUAUAAAGUUUUUGUCAGCAGUUUAUUAUUACGCAUCAUCCUAUAACCUGUAUCGAGUCUAGAAAUGCAAAUGCAGGUCUUUUUUUAGCUAUUUAUAUUUAGUUUAAUUCAAAUGUUUGUCUGUGUAAUAUUUUUAUAUUUAUAUUGCUAUAGUGUUUUUUUGUAUCUGCAUUCUGUAUACUGUAAAGUUUGCCCACUGUUAACUUAGGCAGAGCUACUAUUAGGGCCCAUCCAACAUAACGAUUGCAAAUGAGAUAAUGUCCUUUAAUGUGCUUUUGCAAGAUAUUGAAUAAAACUUCAAUCCUCACUGAAGGAUGGGAAUUCAAAGAUGGACUGAGGUUAUGCAGCUACUGUUGGCCCAAAAUAAAUCUAUUUUUCUAUAUACAGUA